AGUAAUGGAGCACGUUCACGGUCAUCGUUUAUUUCUGCAGGAAGGAACAGUUGGUGUUAAGGACUUUACCCUUGAAGUUGGAUACAUAUAAAAGUAUUAGUCUCUGCAGUACGUUAGAUUGUAGGCCAUAUAUAUACCCAACAGCACAAACUCGAAGGCUUUCACAAAACUACUGCUAUAUUCCAUUCGGUUCGCAUUUAUGAACUACGCUACUUCAUUUCUACGUACUCUGGCUGAUCGGCGUAAGGUACAAACCCUUAGCAUGUCUUCUGCUGUUCAUGAAAACGUCAAGAAUUAUUAUGGCUCUCGGCUGGAGACUUCAGAUGACCUGCAGACCAACGCUGCGUGUUCCAUGCCCUCCAGACCUCUGCUCAAGAGUGCAUGUGAGGCCCUGAAACAAGUCCACCCAGAUGUUUGCAAGAGGUAUUUUGGCUGUGGGCUGGUGAUUCCAGAGAAGCUGGAAGGAUGUGCGGUCCUUGAUCUGGGCAGUGGAUCAGGCAGAGACUGCUACGUCCUCAGCAAACUGGUGGGUGAGAGAGGUCAAGUCACUGGGCUGGAUAUGACUGAUGAGAUGAUAGUUGCCUCGCAAAAAUAUGUCCAGUACCAUCAGGAGAAGUUUGGCUACUCAAAACCAAACACUGUGUUUGUAAAAGGAUACAUGGAGAAGCUCAGUGAUGCAGGGAUACAGAACAACUCUUUGGAUGUAGUUGUGUCAAAUUGUGUGAUAUGUCUGUGCCCAGAUAAGAGGACUGUGAUAAGUGAAGCUUACAAAGUUCUGAAGGAGGGUGGAGAGUUGUACUAUAGUGACAUGUAUGCAAGCAAAGUAGUUCCAGACUCUUUCAAAGAAGAUCCAGUUCUGUGGGGUGAGGGAAUGGCCGGCGCCCUCUACUGGCAGGAUCUCAUCACUCUGAUGAAGGACAUAGGCUUCAGCACUCCCCACCUGGUUGCAGGCAGUCACAUUGUGGUUCACAACCCAGAACUUCAAAGAAAGACUGGUGAUGUGAAAUAUGCAUCUGGAACUUACCGGAUCUUUAAACUAGCUCAAAACUCCAUCAAGACCAAAGCACUCGUGACCUACAAUGGCACCGUGCCUGACUGUGCUGAAUGUUUUGAGUUUGAUGCCUCUCAUUCCUUUAAGACCAGUGUCCCAGUGGAAGUGGGUGCAGAGAUGGCUGCCAUCCUCCAGAAAACCCGUUUUUCUACCGACUUCAAUAUUUCAAUCUUAGACACUCCAGAUCCAAAGCAGAGCAGUACUCCACAGUAUUGCCAACUUAGCCCGUUCCUUCUUGCGGAUAAACUGGGCUCCUCAGUCAAACAGUGCUCGAAGACCGCACACUAAGCUGGAUAUAUAAAAACAAUCACUGCUCUGGUGUCAUUUCCUUGAUACAUGUUUACCAAGAAGACAACCGUGUCAGUGACGUACAUUCUUGCGAUGACAUACUGUAUGAAACAUGAUAUGUAGUAUAAAAUUUCUGUAAAAGAA